AUGCUGAGUGAUGACAUAAGUGAAUCCAGUUCUCAAGAGAGUGCCCAUUUUGAUGAAGCUGAUUUACUCACCAGUCCGGUGAACGACGACGUCACAGCCCAACUUGCUGCAGCUGGCCCAGUUGGUGUUGCUGCUGCAGCUGCAAUUGCAACAAGUAGAAAAAGACGACGGAUGCACAGUUUUGAAACAAAUCCAUCCAUACGACGACGACAACAGACGAGACUUCUCAGAAAGUUGCGAGCUAUUAUUGAAGAAUAUUCAACACGUGUUGGCCAGCAAGCUGUGGUUCUCUGCUGCACUCCAGGGAAACCUAAUCAGAAUUACCAGUCUUUCAAAGUGUUUGGAUCACAGCCUUUAGAAACUGUUGUGAGGAAUUCAAAAGGAAUUAUCAUGCAAGAUUUGGAAUCGGCACUUGCACAACAAGCACCACCAUCCCAACAGGAAGACCCAAACUUGCACAAACUUCCUCGCCUUGUUAUUGAUGGCAUCCCAACACCUGUUGAUAAAAUGACUCAGGCGCAGCUUCGUGCAUUUAUCCCCGAAAUGUUAAAAUAUUCAACAGGUCGCAGUAAACCGGGCUGGGGUAAAGCAGAAUAUCGGCCAGUAUGGUGGCCUGAUGAUGUACCCUGGGCUAAUGUUCGAAGUGAUGCAAGAUCAGAAGAAGAAAAACGAAAAGUAUCAUGGACACAUGCCUUAAGGCAAAUAGUAAAAAACUGUUAUAAGCAUCAUGGACGUGAAGACAUGUUGCCAGAAUUCACAGAAGAGAAUCAAGCAUCUCCUCCCCAUCAAUAUGCAGGCACCAUGGUCCAGACCAUCAAUAAUCCUGAUGGGACAGUAUCGAUCAUUCAGAUUGACACAGGGACGUCUGGCAAUAGUGCUGUGGUCACUUUAGCUGAUGGUACACAAGCAACUGUGGUUCAUGCUGUGCCUGAAAAUCAUCAGCAAGAAGCGACACAAGCAGUUCAGACUUUGGCUGAUGCUGCAACACACAUGGAAACAACAGGCACUGGGCAGCCUGCUCCUGUACGAGUUGAAAUGAAUGCAAACUCUGAUGCACAUACUGUUGCAACAUUAGCUGAAGCUACAGUGAAUCAGGAUGGUCAGAUUAUAUUAACGGGAGAUCCUACAACCUUAGGUGGAAAGUGCCUGGUCGAUUUAACUGAUGGCAAGUGGAUAGUGCAGUCGGUGGACUGGGCUGAUAAUUCGGUGCCAGAAAUUAUGCGAGCUGAUAAGAGUGUCAUAAAAUCAGAAGCCAUUAAAAAGACAAAUUUUGUCUAUAUUACAUUCAGAAAUAAUGAAGAAUUUCAGACUGCAGGUCUUGUCUCUUUCCCUGUCUCCAUGUUCCAUAACAUUGCCACUUUUAAGACAACGGACAUCAAUAAUCAGGGAAAUUAUCGCGUUGCUUCAGUAAACCAGCACCACCAUAACGGUGAACUGUCACACCAGACAUUGAAUGACAAUCACCUGUCAAUUGGGCAUGCAGAUUCUUCGGGUGUAACAAUGGAAGUGAUGGCUGUGGACCAAUCCUGA